AGUAAGAAUCAUUUCUUCAUUUUAACUUGGGAGGGGGUUUACAGGAACUUGUCUGUUCAUGCAUAUUAAUAAUGUAAAGAGGAAGGAAGCCAGGGUGGCUUUAAACAGUCUGAAGUCUGUAUCAACCAUAGAAGAAACAAAUUGUCUACAGAGACCACAUCCUCCUUUUGUGAUUAACUGACGGAUACAGUGUUUCUCAUGUACUGUUUGUGAUCAACCUGCUAAUUUAACAGAGACGUGACGAGCAGCUAUGAGUUUAACUGCAGCAGCGAGUGGAUUCGUUGUCUUCCUUCUCUCUGUACAAGUGGUACAGGGUUGGAAUGAAUGGAGAGUGACUUACACCUCUACUAAGAUCUGUGUCAUAAAGGGAUCAACAGUGGACAUACGCUGCACCUACAGAUACCCAUCCUGGGAAAAUGGCCGUUAUACCAACGUUAAGGAAAGAUUCUGGUUUACUAAAAUGAAUGGAAAUGAUUUUGUGGAUCUGAGAACAGACCCAGAGUAUUCAGGUCGUGUGCAGUAUAUCAGUGAUAACAACAACUGCCAUCUAAGAAUCACAGACCUGAGAAAGAGCGACUCAGCUGAGUACAAGUUCAGAUUCAUAACAAACCAACCAGGUGGGGAAUAUUCUGGUUCACCUGGAGUCACUUUGUCUGUCACAGAUCUCCGGGUGCAGUUCAUCAAAUGGAGAGAGCUGAAGUGUCAUAGCAUUUGUGAUCCACCUUAUUCUUCCUACGUCUGGUACAAAAAUGGUCAGAAAAUUCAGAGUGUAACAUAUAAAUCACUUUUUUCAGACAACUUUGGUUAUGCAGACAGUUAUUCCUGUGCUGUUAAAGAACAUGAGGAUUUCCCCUCUCCUCCAGUGUGUGUCCAUGGUCAAACCUGCAACAGAGUGACUUACACUGACAGAAGCAUCUGUGCUUCCAAAGGCUCAUCAGUGGACAUUUCUUCAACCUACAACAGUUAUACAUUUAACGUUGAAUCUAAAUUCUGGUUCAGUCCUGAACGUAGUCAUCAGUGGCAGAGUCCCUCACAGCCUGAGGACCUCAGUAAAUACUCCCAGUAUGCAGGUCGUGUUCAGGUCGUUGAACGGUUGAGAGGACGCUCCACUCUGAGAAUCACUGACCUGAGAGAGAGCGAUUCAGCCCAGUAUCGCUUCAAAUUCACAGCUGGAAGCUUUGAAUGGAACAGUAUUUUACCUGGUACAACUCUGACUGUCACAGCUCUGCAGGUUCAGGUGACCAGAAUAAAAGUCCAUCAGUCUUAUACUGAGGCAGAGCUGAAGUGUCACAGCAGCUGCAGUCCAGUUGGUCGUCUUUCCUACGUCUGGUUCAACAAUGGAAAGGAAAUCACAUGGCCAAGGACAUCUUCUUAUAAAGCCUGGUUUUCUCACACAGACAUCAUCUCUUGUGCCUUGAAGGGACAUCAAAAUCACCCCUCUCCCUCAGUGUCUGCUCCGAGGUUUGCCUCUGUGUCAGUGAGUCCCUCUGGUGAGAUAGUGGAGGGCAGUUCAGUGACUCUGACCUGUAGCAGUGAUGCUAACCCAGCAGCUAAUUAUACCUGGUACAAGAGAAAUGGAAAUCAAUACCUUCAACCUCCCAGUAAAGAACAGCUUGUCUUCAGGUCCAUCCAGUCCUCUGACUCUGGAGAGUAUUACUGUACAGCUGAGAACGAGCUGGGGAGGAGAACAUCUCAAUACAUCUCUAUUAAUGUGAAAUAUGCUCCAAAGACCUCCUCUGUGUCAGUGAGUCUUUCUGGUAAAAUCAUGGAGGGCAGUUCAGUGACUCUGACCUGUAGCAGUGAUGCUAACCCAGCAGCUACUUAUACCUGGUACAAGGAGAGCAAAAUACUUCAUCGAGGACCAGAAGACAUUUAUUAUUUCACCUCGAUCAGCCCUGAGGACAGUGGGGAAUAUCACUGCAAGUCUGAAAAUGAGUACAACCAGAUCAACUCUUCAUCGGUCUCUAUAGAUGUUCAGUAUGCUCCGAGGGUUCCCUCUGUGUCAGUGAGUCCCUCUGGUGAGAUAGUGGAGGGCAGUUCAGUGACUCUGACCUGUAGCAGUGAUGCUAACCCAGCAGCUACUUAUACCUGGUUCAGGGAUAGCCAAAGGCUGCUUCAGGGACCAGAAAGAAGUUAUCAUUUUACCUCCAUUAAGUCCAAUAACAGCGGGAUCUACUACUGCAAGUCUGAGAAUCAAUAUGGACAUAUAAACUCUUCAUAUCUGUUCAUAAAUGUUCAGUAUGCUCCGAGGGUUCCCUCUGUGUCAGUGAGUCCCUCUGGUGAGAUAGUGGAGGGCAGUUCAGUGACUCUGACCUGUAGCAGUGAUGCUAACCCAGCAGCUAAUUAUACCUGGUACAAGGAGAACCAAACACUGUUUCAAGGACCAGAGCACAUUUAUCGUUUCAUCUCCAUCAGCUCUGAGGACAGAGGGAUCUACCACUGCAAGUCUGAGAAUCAAUAUGGACAGAUCAACUCUUCACUUCAGCUUAUAGAUGUCCAAUAUGGUCCAAAGCUUCCCUCUGUGUCAGUGAGUCCCUCUGGUGAGAUAGUGGAGGGCAGUUCAGUGACUCUGACCUGUAGCAGUGAUGCUAACCCAGCAGCUACUUAUACCUGGUACAAGGAGAACCAAACACUGUUUCAAGGACCAGAGCACAUUUAUCGUUUCAUCUCCAUCAGCUCUGAGGACAGAGGGAUUUACCACUGCAAGUCUGAGAAUCAAUAUGGACAGAUCAACUCUUCACUUCAGCUUAUAGAUGUCCAAUAUGGUCCAAGGGUUCCCUCUGUGUCAGUGAGUCCCUCUGGUGAGAUAGUGGAGGGCAGUUCAGUGAAUCUGACCUGUAGCAGUGAUGCUAACCCAGCAGCUAAUUAUACCUGGUACAAAGAGAACCAAACACUGUUUCAAGGACCAGAAGGUAUUCAUAAUUUCACCUCCAUCAGCUCUGAGGACAGAGGGAUCUACCACUGCAGCUCUGAGAAUCAAUAUGGACAGAUCAUGUCAUCGCCUCUAUCAGUAGAUGUCCAGUAUGUUCCAAAGCUUCCCUCUGUGUCAGUGAGUCCCUCUGGUGAGAUAGUGGAGGGCAGUUCAGUGACUCUGACCUGUAGCAGUGAUGCUAACCCAGCAGCUAAUUAUACCUGGUACAAGAGGAAUGGAAAUCAAUACCUUCAACCUCCCAGUAAAGAACCACAGCUUGUCUUCAGGUCCAUCCAGUCCUCUGACUCUGGAGAGUAUAACUGUACAGCUGAGAACAAACUGGGGAUUAUGACAUCUAACUACACCUCUAUUAAUGUGAAAUAUCCUCCGAGGGUUCCCUCUGUGUCAGUGAGACCCUCUGGUGAGAUAGUGGAGGGAAGUUCAGUGAAUCUGACCUGUAGCAGUGAUGCUAACCCAGGAGCUAAUUAUACCUGGUACAAAGAGAACCAAACACUGUUUCAAGGAACAGAAGGUAUUCAUAAUUUCACCUCCAUCAGCUCUGAGGACAGAGGGAUCUACCACUGCAGCUCUGAGAAUCAAUAUGGACAGAUCAUGUCAUCGCCUCUAUCAGUAGAUGUCCAGUAUGUUCCAAAGCUUCCCUCUGUGUCAGUGAGUCCCUCUGGUGAGAUAGUGGAGGGCAGUUCAGUGACUCUGACCUGUAGCAGUGAUGCUAACCCAGCAGCUAAUUAUACCUGGUACAAGAGGAAUGGAAAUCAAUACCUUCAACCUCCCAGUAAAGAACCACAGCUUGUCUUCAGGUCCAUCCAGUCCUCUGACUCUGGAGAGUAUAACUGUACAGCUGAGAACAAACUGGGGAUUAUGACAUCUAACUACACCUCUAUUAAUGUGAAAUAUGCUCCGAGGGUUCCCUCUGUGUCAGUGAGUCCCUCUGGUGAGAUAGUGGAGGGAAGUUCAGUGAAUCUGACCUGUAGCAGUGAUGCUAACCCAGCAGCUAAUUAUACCUGGUACAAGGAGAACCAAACACUGUUUCAAGGACCAGAAGGUAUUCAUCAUUUCACCUCCAUCAGCUCUGAGGACAGAGGGAUCUACCACUGCAGCUCUGAGAAUCAAUAUGGACAGAUCAUGUCAUCGCCUCUAUCAGUAGACGUCCAGUAUGCUCCAAGGGUUCCCUCUGUGUCAGUGAGUCCCUCUGGUGAGAUAGUGGAGGGCAGUUCAGUGACUCUGACCUGUAGCAGUGAUGCUAACCCAGCAGCUAAUUAUACCUGGUACAAGAGAAAUGGAAAUCAAUACCUUCAACCUCCCAGUAAAGAACCACAGCUUGUCUUCAGGUCCAUCCAGUCCUCUGACUCUGGAGAGUAUAACUGUACAGCUGAGAACAAACUGGGGAUUAUGACAUCUAACUACACCUCUAUUAAUGUGAAAUAUGCUCCGAGGGUUCCCUCUGUGUCAGUGAGACCCUCUGGUGAGAUAGUGGAGGGAAGUUCAGUGAAUCUGACCUGUAGCAGUGAUGCUAACCCAGCAGCUAAUUAUACCUGGUACAAGGAGAACCAAACACUGUUUCAAGGACCAGAAGGUAUUCAUCAUUUCACCUCCAUCAGCUCUGAGGACAGAGGGAUCUACCACUGCAGCUCUGAGAAUCAAUAUGGACAGAUCAUGUCAUCGCCUCUAUUAGUAGAUGUCCAGUAUGCUCCAAAGCUUCCCUCUGUGUCAGUGAGUCCCUCUGGUGAGAUAGUGGAGGGCAGUUCAGUGACUCUGACCUGUAGCAGUGAUGCUAACCCAGCAGCUAAUUAUACCUGGUACAAGAGGAAUGGAAAUCAAUACCUUCAACCUCCCAGUAAAGAACCACAGCUUGUCUUCAGGUCCAUCCAGUCCUCUGACUCUGGAGAGUAUAACUGUACAGCUGAGAACAAACUGGGGAUUAUGACAUCUAACUACACCUCUAUUAAUGUGAAAUAUGCUCCGAGGGUUCCCUCUGUGUCAGUGAGACCCUCUGGUGAGAUAGUGGAGGGCAGUUCAGUGAAUCUGACCUGUAGCAGUGAUGCUAACCCAGCAGCUACUUAUACCUGGUACAAGGAGAACCAAACACUGUUUCAAGGACCAGAAGGUAUUUUUCAUAUCACCUCCAUCAGCUCUGAGGACAGAGGGAUCUACCACUGCAAGUCUGAGAAUCAAUAUGGACAGAUCAUGUCAUCGCCUCCAUUAGUAGACGUCCAGUAUGCUCCGAGGGUUCCCUCUGUGUCAGUGAGUCCCUCUGGUGAGAUAGUGGAGGGCAGUUCAGUGACUCUGACCUGUAGCAGUGAUGCUAACCCAGCAGCUAGUUAUACCUGGUGCAAGAGGAAUGGAAAUCGAUACCUUCAACCUACCAGUAAAGAACCACAGUUUGUCUUCAGGUCCAUCCAGUCCUCUGACUCUGGAGAGUAUAACUGUACGGCUGAGAAUAAACUUGGGAGUAGAACAUCUAACUACAUCUCUAUUAAUGUGAAAUAUGCUCCGAGGGUUCCCUCUGUGUCAGUGAGUCCCUCUGGUGAGAUAGUGGAGGGCAGUUCAGUGACUCUGACCUGUAGCAGUGAUGCUAACCCAGCAGCUAAUUAUACCUGGUACAAGAGGAAUGGAAAUCGAUACCUUCAACCUCCCAGUAAAGAACCACAGUUUGUCUUCAGGUCCAUCCAGUCCUCUGACUCUGGAGAGUAUAACUGUACAGCUGAGAACAAACUGGGGAUUAUGACAUCGAACUACACCUCUAUUGAUGUGAAAUAUGCUCCGAGGGUUCCCUCUGUGUCAGUGAGUCCCUCUGGUGAGAUAGUGGAGGGCAGUUCAGUGACUCUGACCUGUAGCAGUGAUGCUAACCCAGCAGCUACUUAUACCUGGUACAAGAGGAAUGGAAAUCGAUACCCUCAACCUCUCAGUAAAGAACCACAGCUUGUCUUCAGGUCCAUCCAGUCCUCUGACUCUGGAGAGUAUUACUGUACAGCUGAGCUGGGGAGGACAUAUAAAUACAUCUCUAUUAAUGUGAAAUAUGCUCCGAGGGUUGCCUCUGUGUCAGUGAGUCCCUCUGGUGAGAUAGUGGAGGGCAGUUCAGUGACUCUGACCUGUAGCAGUGAUGCUAACCCAGCAGCUACUUAUACCUGGUACAAGAGGAAUGGAAAUCAAUACCUUCAACCUCCCAGUAAAGAACCACAGCUUGUCUUCAGGUCCAUCCAGUCCUCUGACUCUGGAGAGUAUUACUGUACAGCUGAGAACAAACUGGGAAAGAAGACAUCUAACUACAUCUCUAUUAAUGUGAAAUAUGCUCCGAGGGUUCCCUCUGUGUCAGUGAGUCCCUCUGGUGAGAUAGUGGAGGGCAGUUCAGUGAAUCUGACCUGUAGCAGUGAUGCUAACCCAGCAGCUACUUAUACCUGGAACAAGAGGAAUGGAAAUCGAUACCUUCAACCUCCCAGUAAAGAACCACAGUUUGUCUUCAGGUCCAUCCAGUCCUCUGACUCUGGAGAGUAUUACUGUACAGCUGAGAACAAACUUGGGAGUAGAACAUCUGAAUACAUCUCUAUUAAUGUGAAAUAUGCUCCGAGGGUUCCCUCUGUGUCAGUGAGUCCCUCUGGUGAGAUAGUGGAGGGCAGUUCAGUGACUCUGACCUGUAGCAGUGAUGCUAACCCAGCAGCUACUUAUACCUGGUACAAGAGGAAUGGAAAUCAAUACCUUCAACCUCUCAGUAAAGAACCACAGCUUGUCUUGAGGUCCAUCCAGUCCUCUGACUCUGGAGAGUAUUACUGUACAGCUGAGAACAAACUCGGGAAGAAGACAUCUAAAUCCAUCUCUAUUAAUGUGAAAUAUGCUCCGAGGGUUCCCUCUGUGUCAGUGAGUCCCUCUGGUGAGAUAGUGGAGGGCAGUUCAGUGACUCUGACCUGUAGCAGUGAUGCUAACCCAGCAGCUAAUUAUACCUGGUACAAGGAGAAUGAAGACUCACCAAAAACAUCAGGACAGAUCUUCACCAUCACUGACUUCAGACCUGAACACAGUGGGAAUUAUUACUGUGAAGCCCAGAACAGAAGAGGACGCCAUAACUCCACCUUACAUCUGAAUAUUUUAACAGUUUUCCCAGGAUUAUGGAAAUUAGCCGUCAUUGGACCAACUCCUGCUAUUUUCCUGGGUAUCAUAUGGCUCACUAUCUUUGUACUGAUUAAAAAAAAGAGAGCAUCCAAGAAAUCAUUUGAUCCUGGAGAUAGACCAGACAGCAGGGAACAGUAUCCAUUCAAUCAGUCGGAGGAGCAGGAUGACCUUCACUAUGCCAGCGUCCACUUCUCCAACAACCAGGCAGAUCCUGUGUAUGCCAACAUCAGACCAGCUGGACCCCGCAGACACAAAGAGGAAGAAGAAGAGGUUGUUGAGUACGCUGCCGUCAAAUUUAACCGCGCCAUUACUGACCCCAGGUCUAGAGUUCCACAAACUGUGGAGGAUCCAGCUGCACUGUACAGUACAGUCAUCAAAACAUAAAUACAACAGGAAUCUAUAGUCUGUUGAUUUAGGGGAUUCCCUAACUUUCCUCACUCCAUGUGUCGUUGGAAUCGGAAAUGUCUCAACUAUUGGAUGGAUGGUCAUAAAGUUUGGUAUAGACAUUCAUAUCCCGCACAGGAUAACUUGACUUUGAUGAUCCCUGAACUUUUUCAUUAGCGUUAGCAAAUGCUUACACGUUAAUAUAACAUGGUCAAUGUAACAGAUGUGUUGUGUAAAUAGGAUUUAAACCAUUUUAGGGCAGUGUCCCUGAUGCUGAGCCACUUUUCAAGGCAAUCCAAAAGGAAAGAGUGAUCAACAGUGUCAAAAAUGUAACUACCACCAGCAUAAACUGUAAGUCAAAGGUUGUUUCUUACAUUGAUAAGAACAUAUUUGAUGCUAUGACACGCAUGGAAACAUGCAAUCAUUGGGGUGGCUUCAGUGUAUUGGAAUUCUUUCGUUACUUGUUAUAAAUGUAUUUUGCACUGAGAUAAGACGUGCAGUUGAACUAGAAUAGCUAUGUCUGUGUGACCAUAAUUCAUGCACAUGAAUGUCAAUGAGUAGGGCCUCGCUCUUCAAGUUCACACAAGUCCUCACACCCCGCCCAGCAACAACUCUGAGACGUCACAUCAGGCACUGAAGAGUACAGUCCUUGCUGCAAGGAUUGACAGAAUAUUCUUUACUAGAUACUGAAUAGAUACUGAAUUAUACCUGCAUUUACAGAAAGGAACACCACAAAACUCUCUCUCAUUCUGUCUCAUAUAGAUUACAUUAUGAAGUUGAUAUAUAGUCUGCAAAAUAACAGAAUAAGUUCUUUUCUUGGUCAUUUACUGUAUUCACAAUGCAUAGUAAUAAUGUGAAGAGGAAGGAAACCUGGUGUAUUUUAACUGCCUGCUUUCUGUGUCCUGCUUAAACCUCCCGACUACAGAGGACGUUAUAGUUCAAGACAGCUUCUUUCUGAUUGUAGAAGCAUUUGAGACUAAUAUAUCUUGUGUACAUUAAUCGAUUAAUUAACAUUUUCUUAUUUGUUUUAUUGUCAUUGAAGAAAAGAGAUGAGAAGAGCAUUGAACAGCAGCAGUGGGUGUUUUUGUAUUGUCCUCCUUCUCUGUCUAAUAAAUGCCAAAAUGGCCACUUUUCAAGUCUGAA